UGCAUUGGGUUGAAGAUUAAAGAAGUGUGGUAAUUGAGGGUAGUAUGGCAUCUGAUCAUGAUCUUGAGGAGCGUGGAACAGUGUGCGUGACCGGAGCAGCUGGUUUCGUUGGGUCAUGGCUUGUCAAGAACCUCCUCCUCCGCGGCUACACCGUCAACGCUACAGUGCGAGAUCCUGGCAAUGUAAACAAGGUGAAGCAUUUGCUGGACUUGCCCCAUGCUGACACACGCUUGAAGUUAUGGAAGGCAGACCUUGUUGAUGAGGGGAGCUUCGAUGGAGCCAUCCAAGGUUGCAUCGGAGUCUUUCAUGUUGCCACUCCCAUGGAUUUUGAUUCCAAAGAUCCUGAGAAUGAGGUGAUAAAGCCGGCUGUGAAUGGGAUUCUGAACAUAAUGAGGUCAUGUCUCAAGGCAAAGACAGUUCGAAGGGUGGUAUUCACUUCAUCUGCUGGUGCUGUUGCCAGACGAGAGAAGCAGCUGCCCAUAUACGAUGAGACUUCAUGGAGUGACUUGGAAUUUAUGAGGAAAAAGAAGAUGACUGGAUGGAUGUACUUUGUCUCCAAGACAUUAUCAGAGAAAGCAGCAUUAGAAUUUGCCGAGCAGAACAACAUAGACUUAAUCACCAUUAUACCAACCCUUGUGGUUGGACCAUUUAUCACGCCUUGGAUGCCUCCUAGCAUGAUAACAGCUUUUGCACUAAUCACUGGAAAUGAAGCUCAUUACUCAAUUCUGAGGCAAGUUAAAUUUGUGCACUUGGAUGACCUCUGCAAUGCACAUAUCUUCUUGUUUGAGCACGCUGAAGCAAAGGGAAGAUACAUUUGCUCCUCUUAUAAUACCAACAUCAUUGAGCUCGCAAAAAUGUUACGAGAUCGAUUCCCUGAGUACAACAUCCCAACUAAGUUCAACUUCCCAGGUGAAAGCUUGGAAGUCGUUGUUUUCUCCUCUAAAAAGCUUACAGAUCUUGGAUUUGAGUUCAAGUACAACUUAGAAGAGAUGUACAAGGGAGCCAUUGAAUCAGCUAAGGAGAAGGGAUUGCUUCCCCUUGCUAAUCCAAACCCAAGUCAAUAACACUAGCUGGAACGCUAAAUCGAAAUGUGUGGAAGCUGG